AUGCAGAACUGCUACUACCCGCUGCCUGCGCAGCCCAAGCUGCCCGUCCCGGCGGACGACGAUGCGCCCAUGGAGCGGCUGGACAAGACGCGCGGCAGCUCCGACGAGAUGCGCCGCCCCUUCAUGCAGCUUGGGGCUGUGAGCGGCGCUGCCGGCUCGGCGUACGUGGAGAUGGGACGUACGCGCGUGGUGUGCGCGGUCUACGGCCCGCGGACGGACACGCGCGCGCGCCGCGAGUUCAGCAAGGACGGGCAGUUGGUGUGCGACGUCAAGUACGCGCCGUUCGCCGACAAGCUGACGCGCCGCGAGCGCGGCCAGGACCCGGACGAGAUGGAGCUGUCGGCCAUUGUGGAGGAGGCGCUGGCCCCCGCUGUGAUGCUGCACAAGCUGCCCAAGUGCAUCGUUUCGGUGUUCGUGACGGUGCUGGAGGACGAAGGAGGCGUGUUCGCUGCGGCCAUCAACUGCGCGUCCUUGGCGCUUGCGGACGCUGCUGUGGAGAUGUACGACGUCGUCACGGCGUCCAGCGCGGGUAUUGUGAACGGCUCGGUAGUGCUGGACCCGAGUAGAGAGGAGGAGCAGCGCGGCGACGGGAAGCUGGCGCUGGCGUACAUGCCGUCGAUGGGGCGGGUCACAUACAUGCUGCAGGCUGGCCAGAUCCACCACACGCAGCUGCAGGAGGCCGUGGAUCUCUGCACGGACGCGUGCACAGGAGUUAUGCGGACGCUGCUCACUGCGUCGCUCGUAAAGGCUCUGUCUUAA